AUUCGGACGCGGCGGUGACUAAAAGUAUUGUAAAUUGUAAAGCGGAUGAAAAAGGAUUUUCACAACUUCAUAAUAAUAAAAUAACAAAGGCAUAGAGCAUAGCAUAGCUUAGCAGAGACCAAAAAAGUGCACAGUGUGCGUAGCUGUUUAUAACUUUAUAUAUUGUAUAUAUGUAUACUUCUACGCGUGUGUGCUUUGUGCUUACUUAAAGUAUUAGAAAAGUCAUUAAAGCACGCAGCAGCGAAGGACUUUGAAGGAAUUCCACAAAUAAAAAAUCACAAAAAGUGAAAUUACAAAAAAAAAAAAAAAAUUAACAGAAAUAAAAAACGAUACAAAUUUCGUAUCUUUGUUAUUGUGAAGAACUUGGCUGAAAGCAAGAAAGAGAGAAAAGCAAAAAAAAAAUGAGGUGUUUAUUUUUGAUUACCACCAUUUGUCUGGUGUUGAUGUCAUCCGGUCUGAGUGGCGCUGAGGCUAAAAAGAAGAAAUACGUUGGUGAAAAUGGCGGCGACUUUGAAUUUAUCGAUGAGAUAAAUAAAAACUCCCAAGCCCCAUCGAAGAGCAGCAAUGGCGAACGUAAGCGUUGGAUUCACGAUCCUACAAGUGACCUUUGCCGGCCGUUAAAUUGCAAGAAGCGUGAAAUUUGCCUACUGGAGGAUGAGUAUAGCGCAGUGUGUGUGUCCAAGCGUGACUUGCACAAGAAUCGUGAUGAAAUAAUCACGAAAGCCAAAUACUUGGAGGAAGAGGCGGCUAAACGGCGAGCCAGCAAGGAUAUUGCCAACAACAACAUUAACAUUAAUAAUAACAACAACAACGACAAUGACAACGAUGAUGAAGAUGCAAAGAAUUUCAGCUCCGAUGAGGAUUCCCGUGAGGAUGAUGUCUUCUAUGAGAACAACAACACCGCUGGCGGCGAUAAGGACGACGAGGAGGAUGAAGACAACUGUAAGCCCUGCCCGGUAGCAAAACCGACUUUCUUAUGCGGCGCCGACAACCGUACAUACUCAUCGCUAUGCAGAUUGGAUUACCACAACUGUAUACAUUCAACAUCCAUAAGGAUAGCGUGCAAGGGAUUCUGUCCAUGCAAGGAAAACGCCGAUGGCAAGCGUUUACAGCGCAUUAGUGAGCGACAGAGUGCUUUUAAUGCCAAAUAUAAGAAAACCAUUGAGCAGCAGCAGCAACAGCAACAACAACAGCAAAAACAACAAAUGCAACAACAGCUAAUGUAUAAGGAUAACAACAAUAAUAACAAUAUUUUGGAUAGCUCGAACGACAACUUGGACAACACUCUAAACAGCAACAAUUUUAAUGCUAUUAUGGAUGAUAAGGAAGAUAACAAUCGGCAUUAUAAUCACAUAAAUUCGCAAUUCACAUUCACACCAGAGGAAAUCAAAUAUGAUAAUAAACAUUACAAGUAUCUCAAGUAUACCGCAUACAAGAAGGACAACCAAUACCCAGAGGACAAACAUAAAAUCCGUGGUUAUAAUGAGGUUGUUGAGAAGCCACAAAAGUACAACAAAAAUAGCAUGAACAAUGGCUUCCCAUCUAAAUCGCCCGAAUGCAAACCACAACAGUUGACCGCCAUCGGUAAUCGCCUGCUUGAUUGGUUCUCCGUCAUAAUGGCCGACAGCAAGAAACGACGACAGCAUAGCCAAAAAUCUAAGGCGCACUUCCCACCUGCUUGCAAGACCGAGGCCAAAUGGAUGUUUGGACAUUUGGAUUUGAACAAUGAUGGCUAUUUGUCGCUGCAGGAAAUGUACGAUUUGGAACAUGAUCAAAAUGAGCGUUGCAUUAAGCCGUUCAUUGAUACGUGCGACUUGGAUCAGGAUAAUUCGAUUAAUACGCGCGAAUGGUGUCGUUGUUUCGAGAAAACCGAUCGCCCAUGCGCCGCGGUUCGGCGAAGAAUCGCUGGCGACUUUGCAGGCGCCUAUGCACCCGAUUGCGAUAUUCAGGGUUUCUAUAAACCCACCCAGUGUCACAAUUCCGUUGGAGUUUGCUGGUGUGUGGACAAGCAUGGAGUCGAAUUCGCCAAUACACGUACCCGAGGCAAGCCCAAUUGUGAGUCCGUUGUGAAUAACGCCUCAUCACUCACCUCAGACGAUGAGGAUGAGGAAACCGACGACGAUGACAGUGCGGAAGGAAGCGCCGAUCAAAUGUUGGUAUUCUAAAUGACAGCGAAUAGAUGAAACUAAGAAAACGCUCAACGAGUGGCGGAAGCGUACAAGGAGAAAGAUGAAAAUGAAAAUGAAAAUGCGGUGGGAUUACACAGAACCGAGUUUGCUGAGAGGCGAAACAAGCAGUUUAAAGAAAGGGAACGGAGAGAUAAGUAAAUAAAAGGACAACUUAUAAACUUAUUAUUUUAAUUUAAAGCAUUACAUAAGUAAAUAUGUAUGUAUACAUUAAGGAAGAAGAAAAAGAAGAUGAAAAUUAAAUGAAGGUAACAAGUGUUUGGCGCAAAGUCAAUAAACCUUUAUUUGUAUGUACUCAAAUGCGCGUGAAGUGGGCAUAAGAUAUAAAAAAUAUUUAUUUGUAUGUAAAUUAAUUUUUAUAAUGCAAAAAGUAUUAGAAAUUUUCUUCAUAUUUCAAAUGCGUUAAUCAUCUUAUUUAGUUUUUUUUUAUCAUUUUAAUCUUAAAAGCUUCAAAUACCAUACGCAUGGUUGCAUUCUGCUCACGAUUACUGUAUGAUGCACGCAAAUAUGUUACAUACAUAAUUAGUGCAUAAUAAAUAUUAGCAUUUAAUGGGGAAUUAGUGUUGAAAGCAUUGAAAGUUCGCCGCAGAAUUUUAAAGCUUAUGGAAAAUUGACAACAGAAAAUAUAUAAAAUUAAAUAUAUUGAAAAUUAAAAUUAAUGGAAAAAUUUAAAAGAAAAGUUGCGUGUUGUUUUUAUAAUCCAUACAAAUAAAACAUAACGAAAACACUCAUACACUCAAUUAAAUCGAAUUGAAAAAAUUAAAUAAAACAAAAAUUAAAUAAAAUUAUAUUAAAAUAAUAAAAUAAAAAUUAAAUAAAAUUUAAUAAAAAAAAAAUAAAAAAAAUAAAAUAAAAUAUAAUAAAACAAAAAAAAUGAAAAAAAUAAU